AUGGAGCAGCUACCAUCAGAAUCAGAUGCCAUAGCCAAAGUCUCAUCGAUAUUCAUAUACCCAAUAAAAUCAUGCCGUGGAAUUUCAGUUUCUCAAGCAUCGGUCACUCCUACAGGAUUUCGAUGGGAUCGGCAAUGGUUAGUUGUAAACUACAAGGGGAGGGCGUAUACUCAAAGGGUUGAACCAAAGCUUUCUUUGGUUCAGGUAGAGCUGCCAGAUGAGGCAUUCAUAGAGGGUUGGGAACCUUCUAAAAGCUCUUAUCUAGUACUAAAAGCACCUGGCAUGGAUGCACUUAAGGUUUCUUUGAUUGCACCUCGAGAAGUAUCAAAUGGGGUUUCAGUAUGGGAGUGGUCUGGUUCCGCAUUAGACGAGGGAGCUGAUGCAUCAAAAUGGUUUUCAGAUUAUCUUGGGAAACCCAGUCGACUUGUUCGCUUUAAUACAGCUUCAGAAACUAGGCCUGUGGAACCUGAAUAUGCUCCAGGACACAAAAUCAUGUUCUCCGACAUGUACCCAUACAUGCUAUUAUCUCAGGGAUCAAUGGAUGCACUAAAUAACGUUUUGAAGGAACCCAUACCAGUUAACCGUUUUAGACCAAACAUUCUUGUUGAAGGUUGUGAACCAUUUUCUGAGGACUUGUGGACAGAGAUCAGAAUAGACAAGCUUACAUUCCUGGGUGUCAAGCUAUGCUCCCGCUGUAAGAUACCAACAAUCAAUCAAGAGACUGGCAUCGCAGGAGCUGAGCCAAAUGAAACUCUUAGGAAAAUCCGGUCUGAUAGUGUCUUGCGUCCAACUCAAAAACAGAAAGGAAAGGUCUACUUUGGGCAGAAUCUAGUUUUCGAAGGCUCUCUUACCGGGAAAAAGGGAAAUUUCGUAAAGGUUGGAGAUCCUGUUUAUGUUCUCAAGAAGGUCUCCUCUGCUGAUGAAGCAGCAGCUUGA